GGCGGCGCAGGCGGGCGCGCGGGCAGCUCGCGGGCACCCGGCCGGCCGGCGCGGGAGCGGGAAAGGGUGCGCUAUGCCUUUAACGCCCGCGUACAGUAGACAGUAUAGUGGAGUGUAGGGAAACUCUAGGCGGGGUUAAAGUUCAGCGCGUGGAGCGGCAAGAGCGCUGGCUGCUGCAGUUGAGCCGAGUUGGAAAUGUGAACGCAAGAAGCAGGCUUGAUUUUUUUUUCCUCCCCCCCCCCAUCUCCUAGCUCUCUCCUCCUCUCUCUCCCUCUCGCACCCACACUCACGCACACCUCCAGCCCGCACACAGACGUGCACGCACCCCCCGCCGCCCGGCAGUUAUGUAUUCUCCGCUCUGUCUCACCCAGGAUGAGUUUCAUCCUUUCAUUGAAGCACUUCUGCCCCAUGUCCGCGCCUUCGCCUACACAUGGUUCAACCUGCAGGCCCGAAAGCGGAAAUACUUCAAAAAACAUGAGAAGCGCAUGUCGAAAGAAGAGGAGAGGGCCGUGAAGGAUGAACUGCUAAGUGAGAAGCCCGAGGUCAAGCAGAAGUGGGCUUCCCGACUUCUGGCCAAGUUACGGAAAGAUAUCCGACCCGAGUACCGAGAGGAUUUCGUUCUUACAGUUACAGGGAAAAAACCACCGUGCUGUGUUCUUUCCAACCCUGACCAGAAAGGCAAGAUGCGGAGAAUUGACUGCCUCCGCCAGGCAGAUAAAGUAUGGAGGUUGGACCUCGUCAUGGUGAUCUUGUUCAAAGGUAUUCCGCUGGAAAGUACUGAUGGCGAGCGCCUUGUAAAGAGUCCACAGUGCUCGAAUCCAGGGCUCUGUGUCCAGCCCCAUCACAUAGGGGUCUCCGUAAAGGAACUCGAUUUAUAUUUGGCAUACUUUGUACAUGCAGCAGAUUCAGGCCAAUCUGAAAGCCCCGACCAGCCAAGUGAAGCGGAUCUUAAGGACCAGCCAGAAAAUGGACAUUUGGGCUUCCAGGACAGCUUUGUCACAUCGGGUGUUUUCAGUGUGACUGAGCUAGUAAGAGUGUCACAAACACCAAUAGCUGCAGGAACCGGCCCCAAUUUUUCUCUCUCUGAUUUGGAAAGUUCUUCAUACUACAGCAUGAGUCCAGGAGCGAUGAGGAGGUCUCUACCCAGCACAUCCUCUACCAGCUCUACAAAGCGCCUCAAGUCUGUGGAGGACGAAAUGGACAGUCCUGGUGAAGAACCAUUUUACACAGGCCAAGGGCGCUCCCCAGGGAGUGGCAGCCAGUCCAGUGGAUGGCAUGAAGUAGAGCCAGGCUUGCCAUCUCCAAGCACACUGAAGAAGUCUGAGAAGUCUGGCUUCAGCAGCCCCUCCCCUUCGCAGACAUCCUCCCUGGGAACAGCAUUCACACAGCAUCACCGACCUGUCAUUACAGGACCCAGAGCAAGUCCACAUGCGACGCCAUCGACUCUCCACUUCCCAACGUCACCCAUCAUCCAGCAGCCUGGGCCUUACUUCUCACACCCAGCCAUCCGUUACCACCCUCAGGAGACGCUGAAAGAGUUUGUCCAACUUGUCUGUCCUGAUGCUGGUCAGCAAGCUGGACAGGUGGGGUUCCUCAAUCCCAAUGGAAGCAGUCAAGGCAAGGUGCACAACCCAUUCCUCCCCACCCCAAUGUUGCCGCCGCCACCGCCACCACCGAUGGCCAGGCCUGUGCCUCUGCCCAUGCCAGACACCAAGCCUCCAACCACAUCAACAGAAGGAGGUGCAGCCUCCCCCACCUCACCGACCUACUCGACACCCAGCACCUCCCCCGCAAACCGAUUCGUCAGUGUUGGACCACGGGAUCCAAGCUUUGUAAAUAUCCCUCAACAGACACAGUCCUGGUACCUGGGAUAAAAGUUGCAGCAUCCCACCAUCCUCCAGACAGACCACCUGACCCCUUCUCAACUCUGUAACAUGGACGCAACCUCAACCCGGCGCAGUUACAACUUCACUGUCAGUGGAAGGGGAGAUAAACCAACUCAAAUCAACUUGUACAUGGUCAAACUGCAAAGGCCAUAACUUUUCGGGAUUCUUUCUUUUCUUUUUUUUCUUUUCUUUUUUUCUUUCUUUCUUUUUUUUUUUUUUUUUUUUUUUUUCAACACUUUAGGGACUGUCGUAAUUUCUCAUAUGGUGCUGGAAAUGGUUGGGCUGUGUGACAUUUGAAGUGUUUCAGUGGUUGGCGUGAGCAGCAGGUGAAGUGGCUGAUAAAGGAUGAGCCUUGCUCGCGAACUUCCUGUUGGAACACUUGGGAGCCUGGCCUUUUCACAGUAUUUCAUGAACUUGCCCAUGCAGGUGUGUGACCCUCCCUGAGCAUCUGGAGACACCUGGAGCAUGAAAUCUUUUGUAGUCGCCGAGGUCUGUGAUCUGUAACUUACAGGACACUCAAAGGGCAAUGGUUUUGGGGUUUUGGUUUUUUGUUUUUGUUUUUGUUUUUGUUUUCUGUAACAUAUUAGAAAAAAAUUCAGUUAAGUUGAUCUUUCUUUUAGUUUGGUUUGGUUCAGCAGUCAGCAGUUACAUACAUAACACAACCCGCAAGGACAGUGAAUCCACUCCUGUUGCAGAGCAAUUCCAAAAAGACGGCAAAGACUACUACUAUCAGUUUGGUUGGUUUUUUUUUUUUUUUUAAUUUUAUUUUUAUUUUUAUUUUCUUAAGUUUUGAAAUGCUGCACUUACAUUUAAAAAAAAAAACAUUUUUCAACAAUUUCAACAAUGACACAAAAAUUCACAUGGAAAUGGGGAAGAUGGUCUGUUUUGACAGAAACUGACAGGAAUCAAAACAAUCGAAUUUUGAAUUGAGUGAAGUGCAAUUUCAUUGGAUAGCUAAGUAUCUUUGUAAGAUAGAGAUUGUUGAAAAUUCUAUUUUUGUUUUUCAAGUCCUCCCACCCCAGGACUCUAAAUUAUUGGGGUAAAAAACAGCCUUGCAAGAAAAAGGGGAGCUAUUUUUGCUUUUUAUGUUUUUUAUUGUUAAACUUGUAUCCCUUUAAAAAAAAAACCGAAGGAAAAUUUAAAAAAACAAAAAAAAAAAAACAAAAAAAUACAAAUCUAAUGGUGCUUUUACCACAAUAUGUUAACUACAUUAAAUGCUAAUUAAUUAUUUUCUGUUAUCAAAGCACAUAACUCAAAUGAAAUCAUGGUAUCUGUUAAUUUUAUAAGCUAGAAAUCACUAUAAUGAAUUAUGCCAAUUCUGAAAAAUUUUACACAUGUAUGGCAACACCAGAUCUAUCGGUUAUUCAACGCCUCAUUGUACCAGACAUUGUCCAGAAGUUUCAAAGACCCUUUGCAAACCCUGAACUGGGCUACGUGAAAAUAACAUGAACACUGAUAAGGACACAACUAUGUGUGCUCAUUCAGAUCAAAGUACUUGUUAGGGAAAAAAAAAAAAAUUCACACCCUCCCCCCCCCCCAGAUGUCUUGUAUCUUAUGUUUAAGGAAAAAAGAAAAAAAAAAGACAAAAAAAAAGACAAAAAAAAUCAAAAAAGGGAAAAAAAAAGCAGAAACAAAUAAACAAACAAACAAAAAAAAUGCAAGUGAUUUUUCUACCAGACAGCGAAGCACCCCUUGCUUCCCAUGCAAUGUCACGGUUUCCUAUACUAUACAUAUAUAUGUGUUCUGGUCAGCAGAGUCUGCGGACCAAGGAAGUCUCUGCAUGUUCUAGUGUUAGUAACUAAUUUUUAUAUAGCUAAUGUAGGAUAAAGUAGAGUGCAUUAAGACAAUAUUGUAACCCCACUCUAGGCACUUGCCUUUAAACUGUCUCAGCCCUUCAGAAGGGCUCAACUACUGUCCUAUACAAUCAAGUGACUGAAAUUCCCGGGAAGACACUUUGCUCCUCACCUAACCCCCCCUCCCCCCAAACAAUGUUGUUUUGUUUUUAUUUUUUUCCUUAAUUUGCACGAAAACAGAAAUUCCAUAUCAAUGUGCCUUGCCCUGGAUAGUGAUUAUUUGUGGAAUUGUUGCACAUGCUCCUCAAUUGAAGGGGUUUUUUUUUUCCCUACUCAAGCAUUCGGAGACACUUUCUGUAAAUGUUAACCUUUAUGUCAGCCAUCGUCAGUUCCAACAUCUAGACCUAAAUAGCUGUUCCGCAGACAGGCGUAGUCGUGAGUGUCCUGUGUGGUCAGUGGCAGUGCUAUUCUGAGCUCUGUAGAUGCUUACAAUGUCAGUAUUUGGGAUGUCGCUGCAUUUUUUUUUUCAAUUUAUUUGGAGUCUUCCUUUAUCCCUGCCCCCCCCCCAGAUAUAUGAAAAUAUGCAAUACCUGCUUAUAUCAUGUAGAAAAGCUUAGCAAGUAUUAAUUUUUCUUUCUUUUUUUUUUAUUUGACCAAAGUCAGUGCUGCACAUGACGCAGUGGGUUUUAGGUGUCUGUCUUUGUAUUUUCUGUGGUUUUUGAUGCACGUGCGCAGGAAGGGCUCCUCUUAGAGAAGCAGCCAAACUGUGAAGCACUAAGCUGACCCUGCUUCAAGCAAUUUUGUUUUUACAACUGUUCCUUUCACAAGCAAGCCUUAAAAAAAAGAGAAAAAGAAAAAAAAAAAAGAGACAACUUCCUUUCUCUUCAGACCCCCACACCCACUUUUCUUAGCAGACGACAGUCAAUCCACAUUCAAUAAAAAGUACAUAAUGCCCAUUUUUAUAUGCACGUUUUUAAACUUCCAAGUUCUGAAAAUUGUUUACUGGUUAUCUCUAUUUAAGGAAAAAAAAUAAAAUAAAACAUUUUGGAUUUUCAUAUGUGUCUGAUAAGUGGUUGUAUAGUCGUUUGGCGCUGUUGUAUGGUGUGAUUGUCAGUGUAUGGUGUCACUUCCUAUAGCCAGCAGCAGACUUUGCCUUCCCUAUAGCACUUAGCUGGGCAUUACUUUAUUAUGACAUAUGUGCACUAAAAAAAAAAAAGAGAGAGAGAGAGAAAGAAAAAAAAAAGAAAGAAAAAAUAGCAGCUUUCAGUGCUUCACAGUGAAGGGAAAAAAGCCUAGACAAACAUUUUGUCAGAACCUUGCGAAAUGCCAAGGUAUUACCAGUAAAUUGGUUGUAUAUACAAUAAAAUUGCACCCUUUUUUUAAACAAAACAAACUAAGCAAUAGUUUGGGCAGUUCUAGUUGUUUUUAGUGAGCAUGUUGUAGUCUCGACUGCAAAGAGAGAGAAUAAACUGCCCACUCAGAAGAUAUGUAAUUUGUAUCGUUGUAUAGUUUUAUUGAUUACACUGAUUUAUUCUACCCUAUUUUAUAAUGCAGGACUUUUGUAAUGUUGUCUAAAUGAGGAAAAAUUUCUGUCAAAUUAGCCUAGUGAAAUUUCUGAUUGUUCAUUACAAAGGCAGCGUUCACAGCAUUGCUUCUUCUUUAUUCUCCACCUCCUUUGGGGAAUGGGAUUAAGUUUAAAACUUUCCCAUUUCCUUUUGUUUGGUUGGUUUGGGUUUUUUCCUUUUUUAAAAGUAUUUAAAUGCAAUUAUUUUUCUGCCAAUGGUAUAGCAUAUGCCUAUGCUUGAGAAGUGUAGGUCUACUGAAGAACCAUUGCAAAUGGACGUUAGAGGUGUGCUGUACUUUGAAGGUAUUUUGUUGUAUUAGGUUUAAUGAAGCUAAAAGUAGGGAACUCUGAACAGAUUUGCAGGAAAAAAAAUGUUUUUAAAGGCUCUCAACCACUGUGGAGGCAGCAUAGGGUGACAGCAAACAUGGGUUAAGUAGUCAAUACACCGAGUUCUGUUCUGUUCAUGCUUCAUUGUCAAGAAAGCAGCAGGAGACUGUAGUUCGGUUGUCAUCAAGCAGGAAACAAAUGCCACGCCGACCAAUGCAUUUUAGGUUAAGAGCUGAGCCAAGGUGCUUGAGGAAGACUUUGUUACAGGAGUGUAGAGACAGACAGCUCCGAGAGCUGUCAGCGUUUGAAGGCCCAGACUUGAUUCUGAGACAUGUCGAAUUGUUUUGUUUUUCCUCUCCCAUCCAAUGGCAUUAACACAAUUGGCAAAGAUGGUCUCUCAAAUGAUUCCCCACCCCCAUUUUUGUCUUUGGGAACUGAAGUCAGAGGCACCAAGACUAACUCUCAGCAUCUUCCAAUAAAUGUUCUCCCUUGGCCCCUCUCCUGGCCACCACAAAGCUCUUUUUCUGUCCUGGGCAGAAGUCUUCUCUGGUGCCCUUCUCCCAUCCUCCAGCCCUUCUCUUCCCACUGAGGUUGUCUCUUUACUGCCUGGCAUGACAUCUAGAAGCUCACUGCCUACGCAGGGCUCACGCUCCACAUCCGGAUGGGCUCCCACAGGCCCUCCAGCCUCAACCCUCCUUGCUUCCUUUUUCCUUCCCAACAGUCCAAGAGCGCAGGAUCCAACUUUCUAGUCACGCUGUGCUGUAUUCAGUCAGCCCACAAGAAUAUGCAAACUCCAUCUCAAAACUACUGUCUUUCACCUUCCCAAAUCUCUAUCCUCGUGUGCGUCAAGCUCUAUAACAACAAUAUCAUGAGGUAUUUGCAAAGGAAAACAUUUUCUUCUGUGAUUUGUUUUUUGUUGUUAGUGUUGUUGGGUUGGGGAUGUGUGUGUUUAUUUUGUCGUUUUGGUUUCGAUGGGGGAUGGUCUUUAAGACUGUCAUUUGAUAUUUUUUACAUCGGAGUUUAUCCCACAGUCCCCCGUCUUUCUCUCCUCCUUCCCUCCCUGCCUCCUUCUCUCUUUCUCUCUGUCUGUGUCUGUCUCUGAUUUUCCUUUGCUUCUUUUUCCCUCCUGGUUUCUGGUAGCAGGCCUCCAUUGAACUGCAGCCUGCCCGCCAGACCAUCCUAGACACGCCCAGAGGCUGCUAGCUCCGCCCCUCUGGCAUGGCUUUCCUUUCCAUCGCCUUCGGAGGCCAUUUUGUCUUGAAGUCAAUGCAUGCUCCUGCUGUAACCUACUCCGCCUUCUCCACCUCUGAGGCUGUGCAUUCGUCCAAUUAGUGUCGUGAAUGUUUCCCCUUUAUUUUUUCCAAUAAAAAAAGCAGUGGGAUGAAAAUUGCUUUGAUAUAUAGUAGGUAUAUUGAAGCUAUUCCAUAGCACUUAACUGUAGUGAAUACUGUGUCACCAGUUCUGAAAUCAAUUUAAUGUUUAAUGCAAAUCCAUUACAUGGUGCUAUUACAGGCUGACAAAAUGAUUCACACAAAUGUGACAACUCGGGCUCAGUUCACUCUGCUUCCCAACAGUGUAAAUGCAUAGCAGUGUUUAUCUGCAUGAGAACUAUGCACUAAUCUAUCUGAAGAAAAAAAAAAAAACUAUAUCAACUUUGGUAUCUACUUUCCGUUUACUUCAAUCCUUGCCUUUUUGGUCAUUGUAAUAAUGCCAGCUUUAGGACAGAAAGAAUUAUAAGAAAACCAGCAUAAUACCUGAUAUAUUAAAAUGUAGUGCCUGUGAAACCUGUAUUAUACUGCUCUUCUGAAGUAAGACUUUUCUACACCGGUAGCCUUCGCUGUCUGUCAGUCAGGACCUCUGGUAUAGGUGAUGUAAAAUAACCGUACAAUAUUAUGCAUGCUAUCCCAUAAUGCUUAGUGACUGUAUGAUAUUACUCAGAGUUCUGUUAGACUUUUUUUCUGCCUCGGUUCUUAUCAGCUAGGUUUGAGGUACUUCACUGAGAACGUGAACUCCGUCGUCCUUCCAGCUGUCUUCAGGAUCUUGGAGGUGUACACUUACUUAAAUUCAGUAUUACUUGUGUGUGUUUUCAUUUUUUUGUUGUUGUUGUUUUUUGUUUUUGUUUUUGUUUUUUGUUUUGUUUUGUUUUCCUUUGUUUCUCCUAAGGGACAAGCAUGGGUGUUUGAUUUCCGAAAUCAGUAUCUGGUGAGAUUUUUUGUCUCAAAACUACCAUUUGAAUUUCAAGAACUCUGCUGCAAAACCACUCUGAGAAUGUCUCCAAGUGAGAGUCACUUUCUUGACCCUCAAGAGAAGCUAGACAACACAGAAGAACCUUAAUGGACAGUGUACCCAUGCUUGAUCUGUCUCACACCAGACUUCCUCGUAGUAAAAAGAAAAACAAAACAAAACAAAAGAACUUUAAGAAAUCACAUAGCUGUUUAGUUACAUGCACAGAUGCAAUAUUUUCUUCAAAAAUAUAACUCUGUACAAACUUUGGGCCCGAUUCAUAAGAAAGAAGUUUGCUAUUAACACGGGAUUUUUAAAAUAUGCUCUCUCUCUCUCUCUCUCUCUCUCUCUCUCUCUCUCUCUCUCUCUCUCUCUUUAAAUUUGGAACAAUUUGCUUCUAAAAUUGAAUAUUUCCUUUCUUUAAUCCCCCCCCCCGGACUAGCACCCAUCUGCCUUUCAUUCUCCCAAAGGUUGCAUUAAGGAAAUUGGAGGGAUACUAUAUACUAUAUGGGGACUAGAUCCCAGUGAGGCUCACAAGGCUAAGGGGAACUUUAGUAUGGGAUACAGCACAUGGAUGCACCCCUCUGUGUGUUAGGCAUCCUACAUGUGGACUCACUGUGCUGUUGGGGCUGAAACACUAACUUUGUAAAAUGUGUCUGGACCACAAGAGUAUACAGGAGAAGUGCUACCUCUGAUCUAACUAGAGCAAGCUCACGGCAGAAAGUAUCACAAACUUUAAAAUGUGAAGAUUCCUGUCUCUCCAGUGGUUUCAAAGGCAAGUGGUGUCUGAGAAACAGACCAUUCUUCCUGCUGUCCAACGCUCAGCUUUUCCAAAAGCCUAAAGCUUGUUUUCUCUUUGCUUUGACUGCAAAUUGUAUUGCUCUUGUUUUUUUUUAAUUUUUUCUUGGUCAUGGUCUGUAAAUUUGCUUUUUUUUCUUUUUUUCUUUUUUAACCUGUUAUUGUCCACUAAAAGUCUUAGACAUCUGGCCAUGUCAGGAUGCAGUAAGGGGGCCGCCAGCUCUCUUCUCCCUCAGACCAUUGUCUCUCCACUGACCUCUGCUGCCUCACCACCGAGGUGCCAGCCAGACUAGAGGAGUGCCAGCAGGUCCCAUAGGUCCUUAGGAAGGCUGUCAGGGCCGAGCCCAUGGUCCCUUCUCUGCUUCUCCUACAUACCUUUCCCAUCACACGUGAAAAAAAAAAAUGUCUGCUCAGAGUGCCUCUGUUUUCUUUUCAAAUUGUGGGGGGAAGGAUUAAAAACUUCAAAUGAUGGAAAAAGAGAUCUCUUGUGAAACGAAACGCCCCGUGUUAAUAACUUGGUCUGAAAUUGUUUUUAUGAGCCGGGCCCCCUGUGCCUCUAGCAUAUUUGUAUUGACUCUCAUAGUUACCCUUUUCGUUUACUGUGUUCUGUGAAAACUUGUAAUUGGUUGAGAAUCACUGUGGGCGUCCAUUCUUAUCAACUAAAUCUCCACAGGGUUUUUGUGCUGGUGUGGAUUAGUUUAACUCUUGUAUUCAACCCUUAGUGCUACCACCUUCUCACAUUACAAUACAAUUACUGGAAGCAAGUACUGCAUUUCCUAUGCAACAAAAAAAGGAAAAAUAAAAAAAAAAAAUUGCUAAUGCUA